CAAACUGUGUAAGACACUUUCUUUUUUCUCUUCUACUAUUGCUAAUAGGGGGUAGCAAUAUACUUGGGGCGAACCAAAUUCCAUAAACAUUCCUUUCAUUUGGAAUGUUACACCCCGAAGCAAAUUCACUGUACCCCCUGCUUAGCAUCCAUGUUUUUUCCCCUCCAGUGUAUAUAAUUAUAACCAAACAAGUGAAUGAAACUGAAGCCUUUCAAAUCCAAUCCUCCUCCUAUCUUCCCCCAAACAAAUUACAUGAUGAUAAAAAAAAAAACCCACCACUUUUUCAUAAAACCCCAAAUUUUACACAAAAACUGAGAAAAAAAAUAAGAAAAGGGAAAAAAAAUGAGAGAGCCAAUUCUGGUAGGUUCAUCUCCUUCAAAUUUCCUCCCUCUGAACAAUAACCCUAAACACAAACCCUAUUUCAUUCAUCCAACGCCUAAAACUUUUACCGCCAAAGUAUCUUCUUCUUCAUCAUCAUCUUCAAAUUCCACCUCCACCACCACUGCCACCGGCAGUAGUACAAGUUCAGCUCCACUGCUGAUGAAUGUACACCAAGACAUUAACAAUCGAUUAAAAUACUAUGCUGAUCUUGCUUCAAAAUUAGUUGAAGAUGGAAGACUUGAGGAUUUUUUAAUGAUUAUUGAGAGUGUUUUGGGUUUAGGUAUUGAACCUAGUUUGUUUGUUAGUACAUUGAAUACCAAACUUGUUUCAGUUGGUUUUUGUAAUUUGAUUAGUAAUGGGAAAAUUAGAGAUGUUGUUGAGGUUUUAAGCAAGGUUGAGAAAUUAGGGAUUUCUUCUGUUUCACUUUUUGAUAAGUCGGUGAAGAAAGCGAUUAGUUUGGAAUGUCGAAGGCUUGUGGAUGUUGGUAAAUUGAAUGACGUUGUUGAUACGAUGGCUGCGCUUUCAGGGUUUGAUUUCCCUAUCAAACAUUUGGUGGAUCCAAUCGAAAUUAUUAAACUGUGUGUGAAGAAACAUGAGCCGAACAUGGUUGUAAGGUAUGCAUGCCUUCUUCCACAGGCUCAAAUAUUGUACACUUUGGCCAUCCAGGAAUUUGGGAAGAAAAGGGAUUUGGAUUCUGCUUUGAUUGCAUAUGAAGCUUCCAAGCGCAAUGGUCCUAAUAUGUACGCUUGGCGCUCUAUAAUAGAUGUUUGUGGUCUAUGUGGCGAUUUCUUAAAGUCCAGGCAAGUUUAUGAGGAGUUGGUUGCUCAGAAGGUGACCCCAAAUUCGUAUGUCUGCAACAGUCUCAUGAAUGUGAAUGCGCAUGAUUUGAGCUACAUCUUGCAUGUCUACAAAGAAAUGCAAACUCUAGGUGUUGCUGCAGAUUUGGCAUCGUAUAAUAUACUAUUGAAGGCAUGCUGUCUUGCUGGGAGAGUUGACUUAGCCAGAGACAUAUAUAAGGAGAUAAGGCAUAAGGCAUCUACUGGGACGCUGAAACUAGAUGUCAUAACGUACAGCACAAUUAUAAAGGUGUUUGCAGAUGCAAAAAUGUGGCAAAUGGCACUGAAGACCAAAGAAGAUAUGCUUUUAGCUGGUGUCACUCCUAAUGAGGUUACAUGGUCGUCUCUGAUCACAGCAUGUGCGAAUGUGGGACUUGUGGAGCAGGCAAUUCAAAUAUUCGAAGAGAUGAUAGUGACUGGUUGUGAACCUAAUACACAAUGUUGCAACACCCUUUUGUAUGCUUGUGUUGAGGCACGCCAAUAUGACAGAGCUUUUCGCAUUUUCCAGUCCUGGAAGGAAGGUGGAAUCUCAAAAGGAUUAUAUUCCAAGGAGUUCAGUAGAAGUACACGUACCCUAGUUAGCAUAGACGUAAAGCAGACAAAUGGAAUUGCAACAAAAAAUUGCCACUCUGAUCAGCUUCAUUUAAGUAAGGUUGUCCGGUUCAGACCCACAAUUGCCACAUAUAAUAUUUUGAUGAAAGCCUGCGGUACUGAUUAUUAUCGUGCCAAAGCUCUUAUGGACGAUAUGAAGUUCGCAGGUCUUUCUCCAAACCAUAUAAGCUGGUCAAUAUUGAUGGACAUAUAUGGGACCUCAGGUGAUAUAGGGGGUGCAUUGCGGGGGUUGAAAUCUAUGCGUGAUGCUGGAAUUAAACCUGAUGUAAUUGCAUAUACAACAACCAUAAAGGCUUGUGUGGCAAACAAAAAUUUGAGCUUAGCAUUUACGUUGUUCGAAGAGAUGAAAAAGUAUCAAUUACAACCCAAUUUGGUCACAUAUAAUACACUCUUGCGAGCUCGUAACAGGUAUGGAUCUGCUUUUGAAGUGCAACAGUGCCUGGCCAUAUAUCAGGAUAUGCAGAAAGCAGGGUAUGCUGGAGAUUUCACAAGUCCGGACAGAUCCUCGCGGUACAGUUCCAAUGAUUCUUAUCUAAAGGAAUUAAUCGAAGAGUGGUGUGAAGGUGUUAUACAGGGCCGCAACCAAAAUCAAGAGAUUCUUGGUCAAAAUGGAUCUCGUGAUAAAACUGCUGUGGAUAAAUCUCACAGCCUGCUAUUUGAAAAAGUUGCAACACACUUGCAGAAGGAUAUCACUGAGACCCGAGCUGUUGAUAUUCGGGGGCUAACGAAGGUUGAGGCUCGGAUUGUUGUUCUUGCAGUUCUCAGGAUGAUUAGAGAGAGCUACGCUCAAGGGAAUCCUGUCAAAGAUGACUUGAUUAUCUUGCUGGGAAUUGGCGAAGGUAUUGCUACCGUCAGCGGCAGUGAGUCAGAAGUGCAGGAUUCUAUAGUGAAAUUAUUGCAGGACGAACUGAGCCUUACUGUUCUAUCGACUGGACCUAGAUAUUCAGUUGCCAGUAGCAAUGAUCAGGGCAACCCUCUUAUCUCAGAUCCAAUUCAUGAAAAUCUAGAACAGAACAGCAAUUUUGAAUCUCCAGCUAGGAGACCUGUAGUUUUAAGAAGACUCAAGAUUACGAGGAAGUCAUUGUAUAAUUGGUUACAGAGAAAAAGUAGUAGGCUUUACACUAAAAGUAGUUGAUGUAAAAAUCAUUUGUUUCUUUGUUAUUAUGUCCAAUUUUUUCUUACCUGUACAAGUUCUUUGAAUGUAAUUUUUUAUCACAAUCGUGUUUUUACCACGACCUUGUAGUAAUAUAUUGUAAUCCAGAAAUCAAAGAGAAUCUCUAUGCUGUUUUUGCCCUUAGGAAUAAUGCAUCAUUUU